CCAACUUCGCAUCAUUUCAUUAACCGGAAUCGAACAACAUUGACCCCACGUAAAGACACAAAACUCUCACGACCAGACAUUUAAAAGAGUUUGGCAACUACCGCCGCCGCCAUCUCCGACUAUAGACCGCCGUCUCCUAUCUGUUUAAUUCUUUUUUUUUUUUUGAAAAUUUAGUUGAAUUUUCCUAAAGAGAAUGAAGCGAGGAGCAUCGUUAGGUUCUGCUGCUUCUUCAAACUUCUACGCUCCUUUCCAAUUUCGCCAAACAAGAAGCGAACCUUCGUCUUUCAGACCCAACAAUACGCUGAACCCUAGCAAAACCCGGUUUAGCUCUCCAUGGUUUAAACCGGUUCGUUCUCUGGCGGCGAAAUGCAAUAUGUACGAAUACGCGGCGAAUGCAGGCCGCGAUGUGGUGGAGGCUGAGCAUCCAGUAGACGACAAAGAGUUUGUGCGUUGGUUCCGUGAAGCUUGGCCUUAUCUCUGGGCCCACCGUGGCUGCACCUUCGUCGUUGUUAUCUCCGGCGAGAUCAUUAACGGCCCUUACUGUGAUCCCAUUUUAAAGGACAUAGCGUUUCUUCAUCAUUUGGGAAUAAGAUUUGUGCUAGUCCCUGGAACUCAAGAGCAAAUCGACCAGCUUUUGUCUGAGAGAGGACGCGAGGCUACAUAUGUGGGACGUUACAGAGUAACGGAUGAAGCAUCUUUGCAGGCUGCCAAGGAAGCUGCUGGAGCAAUAUCAGUGAUGCUCGAGGCCAAACUAUCUCCUGGACCUUCCAUUUGCAAUAUCCGUAGGCAUGGUGAUAGUAGUCGCUUACAUGAUAUAGGUGUCAGGGUUGAUACUGGUAACUUCUUUGCAGCAAAAAGAAGAGGUGUUGUUGAUGGUGUUGACUUUGGAGCCACAGGUGAAGUGAAGAAGAUAGAUGUAGAUCGGAUUUGUGAGAGGCUUGACGGUGGUUCUGUAGUUUUGUUGAGGAAUCUGGGCCACUCGAGCUCCGGGGAAGUCUUGAAUUGCAAUACCUAUGAGGUUGCUACAGCUUGUGCAUUAGCUAUAGGAGCAGACAAGCUUAUUUGCAUAAUGGACGGUCCAAUACUUGAUGAGAGUGGGCAUCUGAUUAGUUUCUUGACACUUCAAGAAGCAGAUAUGUUAGUGAGAAAACGGGCACAGCAAAGCGACAUUGCUGCUAAUUACGUAAAAGCAGUUGGAGAUGGAAGCAUCACUUACCACGAACCUCCUAACAACAACAACACCAACGGUAAGGAUACUUAUCCUCAUAACGGGAGACCACCGUUUUGGGGAAACGGAAACCACACUCCAAUCUUUCAGAACGGUGUUGGGUUUGAGAAUGGGAACGGACUGUGGUCCGGUGAGCAAGGUUUUGCUAUCGGUGGUGAGGAGAGGCUAAGCCGCUUAAAUGGGUAUCUCUCUGAGUUGGCUGCUGCUGCUUUUGUCUGCAGAGGUGGAGUCAAAAGAGUUCACUUGUUGGAUGGGACUAUAAGUGGAGUUCUGUUGCUCGAACUUUUCAAAAGAGAUGGGAUGGGGACUAUGGUUGCUAGUGAUGUGUACGAAGGAACCAGAGAUGCCAAAGUGGAUGAUCUUGCAGGCAUUAGACAUAUCAUCAAACCCUUGGAGGAAUCUGGGAUUCUGGUUCGCAGAACCGAUGAGGAGUUACUGCGAGCUUUGGAAUCGUUUGUGGUUGUUGAAAGAGAAGGUCAGAUCAUCGCUUGUGCGGCUCUGUUUCCCUUCUUUGAAGACAAAUGCGGAGAAGUUGCAGCGAUUGCGGUUGCUUCAGAUUGCCGCGGUCAAGGCCAAGGCGAUAAACUGCUAGAUUACAUAGAGAAGAAAGCUUCGUCACUCGGGUUAGAGAAGCUGUUUCUGCUUACUACAAGAACAGCAGACUGGUUCGUGAGACGCGGGUUUCAAGAAUGUUCAAUCGAGGUGAUACCAGAGACCAGAAGACAAAGAAUCAACCUCUCUAGAAAAUCAAAGUACUACAUGAAGAAGUUACUACCUGAUAGGAGUGGCAUUUCAGUUCUGAGGAUAUAAUGCAGAAAAAAAAACAUAUCAAGCAAGCAAAAGUAAAACUCUGAGCAAUAUUGUAAAAACACUUUCAUAUUGUUUGAUUCUGAACUUAUCAUAAGAGUUACUUAAUCGAUUUUAUCA